UAGCUUCCCACAUUCUCAGACAGAGCUGCUUUUCUUAGCAGAUACUAAGAUGAAAGCAGAAAGGACAUCUCAAAACUCUUCCACAGAGCACCAUGGGAGAAGCAGGGAGCCAUCACCUCUAGAUGGCAAGAAGGUGAAGGUGGAAUAUAGCCGCAAAACUAGCAGAGAGAGGCAGGAGUCCAAAAAGAGGAAAAGACACAGGGAAACAAAGAGCACUCUUGAGGCUGACAACCAAGUCCAUACCUCCACUGUGGUAGACGUGGACGAUGUCGUACCAUUUGAGGAGGGAACAGAGGUGAUGGCCCUGCUCGAGAGCGAAAAGCACGAGGAAGGUAUAAAGUCCCCAGGCCUAGGCGUUUGUGAGUGGCUGCUUGUCUUCCUCUCUCUCCUUUUCAUCUUAGCCACAUUUCCUUUUUCCAUCUGGUUCUGCAUGAAGAUUGUAUGGGAGUAUGAGAGAGCUAUUUUAUUCCGGUUUGGGCGCAUCCUUCAGGGGAAGCCCAGAGGACCUGGCUUGUUCUUCCUCCUUCCGUGUCUGGACACCUACCACAAAAUAGACAUUCGUCUUAAAACCCUAGAAAUUCCUUUUUAUGAGGUAAUAACCAAAGACAUGAUGAGUCUAGAAAUAGAUACCGUCUGCUACUAUCGAAUGGAGAAUGCCAAGCUUCUAGUGACCACUCUGGCCAACCUAUCUAAUGCAGUUCAACUGCUGGUGCAGACCAUCACAAAACGUCUGUUGGCACAUCGGUCCCUCACUGACAUCCUGAUGGAAAGGAAGUGCAUCAGCCAGGAUAUAAAGGUAGCUGUGGACGCUAUCACCUGUCAAUGGGGGAUCAAGGUGGAGCGAACAGAAAUUAAAGAUAUACGGCUGCCAACUGAGCUUCGGGAAACACUGACUGCACAAGCAGAAGCCCAGAGACGGGCCACAGUGAGGAUGAUAGCUGCUGAAGGAGAAAGGGCCACCUCUGAAACCCUAAAGAUGGCAGCUGAGAUACUUUCCCACACACCAGCUGCAAUCCCUCUCCAUUACCUUCACACGUUGCAAAACUUGUCUGCAGAGAAACCUUCUAGCUUCAUUCUUCCUUUACCUCUGGAUGUUCUGAACCUCUCAUCUGUAGUAAAUCUGAAAUCCAUAGACAACCAGCCUUCCUCAAGUACUGCCAAUAUCCCAGAAGCUCCAAAGGACAAGGACUCUCCCAUGCUAUAGGAACCCAAAAUUCAAACUGUACAUAAUGCUGACAUAAUUCUUGUGUGUUACAGCUGACAAUUAA